AUGGAGUCGCGGCACAUGGGGGAGGACUCGGGCGUCGAAUUUGUUGGGAGAUAUGCAGAUGUGAAAAAUGUGGAUGAGUCGUCGAAGAGCGGGUGGUAUCUGUUUCUGUUGACUGUUUCGAUUGGAGGGCUUCAGGUCGUGUGGUCUGUGGAGUUGUCUCAUGGAUCACCCUUUUUGCUUUCGCUCGGAAUGAGCAAGGCUCUGCUGGCCUUUGUGUGGAUAGCAGGACCCGUAACGGGCACCUUGGUACAGCCAUAUAUUGGCAUUCGAAGUGACAAUUGCCGGCAUCCAUGGGGCAAGCGGAAACCUUUCAUGGUGGGCGGUGCUGCGGCGCUAAUCAUAUCCUUGACUGCCCUCUCCUGGGUACAGGAGAUUAUGGGUGGAUUCCUAUCGAUAUUCGGCGUUGAUCGACAGUCCGGCGGGGCGAAGACGGUCAACAUCAUCGUUGCUACGAUUCUUAUGUACUGCCUUGACUUUGCAAUCAAUACUGUCCAAGCUGCAAUCAGGGCUUUCAUUGUUGACAACUGUCCUGCCCAUCAGCAGGAGAUUGCUAAUGCAUGGGCCAGUCGGAUGACAGGUGUUGGCAAUAUCUUUGGCUUUAUCUUUGGGUAUCUAGAUCUGCCACAGAUCCUGCCAUUCCUGGGAAAGACACAGUUUCAAGUUCUCUGUGCACUGGCUUCGAUUUCUUUGACUGUCACAUUGCUAGUCAGUUGUCUCUACAUCCAAGAACGCGACCCGAGACUUGAAGGGCCGCCACCUUCAGAUGGACUGGGCCUCGCCUCUUUCUUCCGGCAGGUGUUCAAGUCUAUUCGCAAUUUACCCCCACAGAUCGCGCGGGUCUGCGAAGUGCAGGUUGCUGCGUGGGCAGGCUGGUUUCCGUUCUUGUAUUACGCGACUACCUAUGUCGGUCAGCUUUAUGUCAACCCGAUAUUCGCUGAUCAUCCCAACAUGUCAGAUGAUCAGAUUGACCGGACAUGGGAAGACGCUACGCGAAUUGGUACCUCGGCGCUUCUGAUUUAUGCCAUCAUUUCCUUCCUCGCGAAUAUUAUCCUCCCGCUGUUUGUGGUUCCCACAUAUGGCCAGAUCUCCGAGGCUACGGUGCAACACGAAGGGCAUGACUACCCCCGAAAUGAGGACGAAGAGGAAGCUACCGGUCGAUCAUCCUUCUCCGAGUUGCCCACAGGACAUGCAGCCGAACCACUUCUUGAGGGAAGGGCCAGUAAAAGUGUGGAUGAAAAACCGACUUGGCUUACCCACCUCCAAAUCCCCGGAUUGACACUCCGCCGGACAUGGCUCCUCUCGCAUCUGCUUUUUGCAGUUUGCAUGUUCAGUACAUUCUUCAUCUCGUCUUACCCCGCUGGAUCAGUGGUUAUUGGUUUUGUCGGCAUUUGCUGGGCUUUGACAUUGUGGGCACCUUUUGCGCUGAUCUCCGCCGAGGUUGCCCGGACCGAUGCCACGCGGCGCCCAGGUCGUCUCGGAACAGGGGGGUCUGGUUCAGCCACGAACUCCAGCUCUUACGCACCUGUUUCUAGCGAGCAUGAUCAUCAUAAUGACGGAGACUAUGAUGUUCGUGAACAGGAUCUGGAGAAUGAUAGUCCCAAACCGUCCGCCAUGAACGAGGAAGAGAACUUUGCACAAGCCGGCAUCGUUCUGGGACUACACAACGUGGCUAUUUCAUUCCCACAGAUAUUCUCCAGCCUUAUCUGCAGCGCCAUCUUCAAAGCCGCCCAAAAGCCGCGCGGCGAGCCAUGGGACGAUAGCGUGGGGUGGGUGCUACGCUUUGGCGGGUGUGCUGCACUGGUCGCCGCAUGGCUUACUAAGAGACUGGCCGAAGGCUCACGGUAA